ACCAAUGUUUGAUUACAAUGCAUGAUAAGAGAUUCCAUUAUCAAUCGUACACUUAGACCUUUCAAUAGUGUAUCUUUCAUUCAUUCAAGACAAUUCGCAUCAAAAUAAGAGAUGAAAUCCGCAAUUUUUUUCCUGUUAUUGUGUAUUUUUUCUGUGAAUUGUUUCAAGAACUUGGUGGGAACUGAACUUGAAAAGUGUCUCAGGUGCAUCUGUUAUGCUACAACAUUCUGUAAUCACUUACCGAACUGUGUGAAGGCUCACAUCACUAAGCAAUACUGGGAAGAAGCUGGUUCUCCAACACUUGAUUAUGAGAAACCGUCUGCAGAAAGUUACCGAAAGUGUAUGGCAAAUACUAACUGUGUUUUGAACACUAUGGAUAGUUAUACCACAGGUAGAGGUGCUCAAAGAGAUACCAAUUGUGAUGGUAAAUUUGACUGUAAGGAUAGACUUGCCAUACAUUUCAACGGAUUGACAGACAACUAUACUCUCGAAAAUUACCAAGUUAUCCGAUUUGAUAACUGUGCUGUUGAAAAAAAAGUACCUGUAGAUGAAGGUUUCUCAGGCUGUAAUAUAAAAGCCAUAAAUGCUGUAUUUUUCUAAGUGAAUGUUCAUCAGGUAUUAAUAAAAUAAUUAAAUUAUUUCAAUUUAA